UUGUGAAACACUGUUUGGUCGAUCUUGUUCGGUUAUUCUCCCUCCACUAAAUUAUGUGCCAAAAAGUGCAGCGUGUGUAAAUUAAUUGUCAAAAUAAGGAAACUUUUAAGUGACGGUUUUUGAGAAUCAGAUUAAAUUAUUUUAAAGAAAUACUUGGUUGGAAAUGUAUUAUUUGAUUUUGAAUAUUUUACAUUUAAAAUCUUGCCCAACUGCGGAAAUGAACAAUUCGUGAUGUACAACACUAGUUUAUCAAAACUGAUUUCUCAUUUCCCAGAAGCUGGUGAUUCUAACCUCAUGCUCUUUUCGUUGGCGUACCAAAAACAAACAUGAACCACCAGCCAGUAACCGUGAAGGAAGAAGUGGGCGAAACCCCGAGGACCACACGAUCGAAACGCCGCCGUUUGCAGCGAAAGCGCGCCAAAGUUUUACGAGGCAUUGCAGCGCUGAACACGGAAUCGGAGACUCAUGAUAAUAAACCACUUCAUAUCAAAUCUGAAAUGUUGGAAUGCACUGAAGAGAAGCUGCCAAAUGGUGCUAUUAAAACGGAAAACGCUAGCCCAGCUAAUCUGAACAGAGGGUCUCUCAUUGUCAAGCAAGAACUAGUUCCCGGAACGGUAAAGCUCGAAAAGUUGGAGGUAAGCGAAAUAAAUUCGUUGAAAUCAACUGGACCAUCUAAUGGAUUCCCUGAACUGAAACAAAAAAGUGCAAACCCUGAUCAAACUAACGAAACUAAACAUAAAAUGUUAGUGGUGACUGACAUUAACAAAAUGCUCGCAACCCCCAAUUUGCACAGCGGAGAUGCCGCGAACGACGCACCAAAUUUAAUUCCCAAUAAUAAUUUGAAGCCAAACACUUUUCCUGGGACUCAACUCGGUGCGCCUAAAGAUCAAAAGCUACUUCCACAUCAACUGGAAUCAUAUCAAUACCAUUUAGUUCCCUUUGACCGCUCCAAAUAUACGUAUUAUAAUAAUCAAUAUGUAUAUUCGGUUGAUGAUCAAUAUGAUGUUGUCUAUUCUAUUAAUAACCAGAAAUGGAACUGGCCAAAUAAUCAAAUAAAUCAACCGAGGCAGCAGAGGGAUUUCAGAACCCAGAAUUGGAACCAUUAUGAUCGCCAUUUCCAUCGGCAAAUGAAUCAACGCAGGGAAUUUAGGGACAAUUGGAAUUACCAAAACAAGCAGUGGAACACACCCAAGCAAAAUUGGAGUUACCAGAAUCGAAAUUGGAAUAACUUUGCAAAAUAUGGAUCCGGCCCUAAGUAUUUAGAAAACAACUGGAGUAAUUCAAACCAAAACUGGAACGCGCCUUACCAAAACUAUAAUAUGCGAAACCGAAACUACAAUGACUGUAACAAUUGGAAUAUGCAGAAAAGAUCUUACCCGAAUCCUGUUAAGCAAAAAUGGAAUAAAAUGAAUCAUAAUUCUAAUAACUACUGGGAACCGCAACAGCAUUAUUGGAAUGCCCAAAACACCUAUUGGGAUAACGAUAAUCGACGUGGAAGCCAGUAUAUCCACAGCCAAUAUCAGGAACACCAUGUAAAAAAUGAAAUCCAGUUCAAUCGCAUGAACUAUCAGAGCGAAUAUCCUUCGAAUCCACAGCUACGACAUCAGGAUCAGCACGUAAAAAGUGAAUUCCAGUUUAAAAGCGUAAACUAUCACACCGAACAUCGAAAUAUUUACGGAUCGCAGGUUGGAAAUCCCCCAAGUACCCAAAGCCAAUAUCAGAAUCAUCACAUAAAAAAUGAAAUCCAGUUUAGUGGCAUUCACGGAUCGCAAAUUGGAAAUCCUCCAAAUCAAACUUCAUCUUAUGUAAACUGGCAGGGAUCCAAAAUAGAAGGACAUUUUAAUCAGAAUUAUUAUUAUUAACUAGCUUAUACUUUCAAAAUGUAAACAAGGCAUGAUUUUUCGAAUAUUUUAGGUUUAUGAAAUAUGUUUUAUAUUUUUUUAUUUCUUAUUUCACAAUUCAUAGUGAGGACACUUGAUCGAAUUAAAGAGCGGAUUAGAUAAUAUGUUUAAGUUAUAGAAUUAAACACUAGCCUGUAAGUUUAUCUGAAAAAAGCUUUUAAGAAAAGGAAAUGAUUUUUUAAUGUGAGUCUUGAAAAUUUUUGUUUAUAUAUAAUAUAUCCCUUAAACACCAAUAUUAUCAUUAUUUUUAAGUUUAAAAGAUAAUCUUUUAUUAUCCUGAAUAUUGCAUUCUUACUACCCAUUGCCUAAUUGAAGCUGGUUUGAAAUAAAAGUUAUUUUACAACAAAAUCUAAACGCAAUUUUGGACACAGUAAGGAAGACUUGGAAUUACGCUGGAUAAUGGU